AUGAGCGUCCCAGUGAAGGGCUCAUCAACUGCUGGUGUUGAGUCCAGCAGCACUCAGAAGAAUCCUUGGUCUGACAUUCCCAAGAAAAACAUUAAUCGGAACGUCAGCUCAGGUGUGCUCAAACUGGGAACCAAAUUUGAGAACUUGAGUGAUACUGACAAGACCUCUAUCCCUAAACCUCCGCCUCUAAAACCUGUUGCUGUAUCCAAACCAUCACUGAACCUCGCCAAGCCCUCACCAAACACAAGCAGCACCACCACCGAUGGCAGCACUGUUCAGAGGUCCACUGGCAUCAGCGCAACACCAAAGCUCCAAUCAUUAGGAUUAAAACCCAGACCCUUAGUAGCAGCACUCCAGUCCAAACUUACCCAGGAGAAUGUUGAGGAAAAUAUCAAGAAGGACACGGUAGUGAAAACAUUGUCUUCUAACAAGCCGUCUUUUCUGAUGGCUCAGCAACCACCACUGAACAUCCAUCUGAAGAGUCCAGAUAUAAAUUCAGAAGGUCAAAAAAAUAUCAAUAAACCCCUGCUGCCUAAACUUUCAUCCAAUGCCAUAUCUCCUAAGCCUCUAGUUAUAUCUCCUACACUUCCAAAACCUAACAUACUUAAACCAAAGCUUGGCAUUGCUGAUGACUCCAACUCCAAGGAGAAAUCUAGUGAAGACUCAGCACCUAAGAUCAAGCCACUGCCUAAUGUGUUUACUCUUGGGAAAUGCCCAAGUAAACCCAAAAGGCCACCGCAUAUCCAGCUUGACAGAUUUAAAUCAACAUCAACAUCCAUAAAUGCUCUUUCUUCAUCUCAACCCAUCUACCUGAUGCCAGAUUCAGAAGCAUCAGACACACCUUGCCAAGAGGAAAGUUAUGAUGACGUUGGAGUUCUGCACCCUUCACCAUCACUUCGAGGAAGUACCAUUCAGCACCCUGAUCAAGCAGGCGAGGAUGAAGAUAUGUAUGAAGACCUGGAAGAGAGAUGGGCUGAGAAGGAGCAGACCAACACGAAGACAACGGCAAAAGAAGACAAGACGAAAUGUGAUAAAGAUGAGAAGAAACGCCUCGAACAGGAGAAGAAGGAACAGAAGCUGCGGGAGAAAAAAGAGCGUGAGGCCAGGAAAAAAUUUAAACUUUCAGGGCCAGUAGUGGUAUUGCAGGAGGUGAAGGCUCGAGUGGAUAGCAAGGGUGGCAAGAACGAGCUGCCACUAACGGAAGGAGAGGCCGUUGAGAUUGUUCGGCUCACAGACAAUCCGGAAGGGCUCUGGUUGGGCAGGAACAGUGAAGGCCUCUAUGGAUAUGUAAAGGCUGCAGCUCUUGAGGUUGACCACAGUGCACUGAAGGCAAUGAGUACUCAGAUACCAGACGGUGCCGGUGAAGUGUAUGAUGACGUGGGUGUUUCGGAUAUCAGUUUUCCUCCUCCACCUCCACCUGUCGGAGCUUCCCCAGGAAAUGAUGAUGAGGUUUAUGAUGAUGUGGAUUCUCCUCCACCUCCUCCAUCACUAACUGAUCAUCCAUUUGGAAAAGCAGAGGAAGCAGAUGGCAAGAAGAAGAAGAAGUUUGAAAAAGAGGAGAAAGAGUUCAGGAAGAAGUUUAAGUAUGAUGGAGAUAUCAGUGUGUUGUACCAAGUAAUAGUGGAUCCAGCUUUGACCACUAAAAAGUGGGGAAAUAAAGAUCUUCCCUUGAGACCAGGAGAGACUAUUGAUGUCAUUGUGAAACCUCAAGAUGGCAAACUAAUCGGAAGGAACAAAGACGGAAAAUUUGGCUAUGUUUGCCUUCGCAACAUCCAACAGGAAUCUGACAUUUAUGAUGAUGUUGGAGAGGAUUGCAUUUAUGACAACUGAACAGAAACCCUGCUGAGUUUCCUAAAAUGGUUGAAAGGAUUGAAACUGAACUGAAUUGAAUUUGAACUAUUUGAACAUAUGAGCAUAUAUAUAUAUGUGUGUGUGUGUGUGUGUGUGUGUGUGUGUGUGUGUGUGUGUGUGUGUGUGUGUGUGUGUGUAAAUGUGUGUGCCACAUAACCAAGACAAAUUUCCUGUUGUAUGUAUAUCUUUCCAAAUGUCCUGUUGCAUUGAAUUGAUGUAGCUGUGUUACUUGUACAGUCCCAUUGUAAUUGUUUUGUAAUACAAAAUAAACCCACUAGA